CAUAUCUCAUCCACUUCCAAAAAUAUAUGAGCCCAGAACAGAAAAAGAAAAUAGAAAGGAAAAAUGCUCCCUGCAUGGCCUAUUCCUCUGUCUACACCUACCAUUACUAUCGGUUCAGUCACAUCUUCAAAAUCCUCAGACCCGAAUUCGAAACCCUUACUAGGGUUUGGCAGAGGAAGAUCCAAUCGAAUCCGCAAGUCUGUGAUCCCAUGCAGGGCGAGAUCCACUUCUUCAUCGUCUUCCACCUCUGUCACAGAAUUUGAUCUCUACGAUCUUCUGGGAAUCCAUAGCUCCUCAGAUCUGUCACAGAUCAAGAAUGCAUAUCGGUCUCUCCAGAAGCGGUGUCACCCGGAUAUCGCCGGGCCGCCGGGCCAUGACAUGGCUAUCAUUCUCAACGAAGCCUAUGCAGUUCUUUCUGACCCUUCUUCUCGUCUGGCUUACGAUAAGGAGCAUGCAAAACAUGCAGAACUUAAAGGUUAUACAGGAAAACCUAUUUACUCAGUAUGGCUUGGAUCAGAAAGUGAAGAACGAGCAGUGUUUGUUGACGAAGUCAAGUGCGUUGGUUGCUUAAAAUGUGCAUUGUUUGCUGAAAAGACUUUUGCAAUUGAAUCGGUCUACGGAAGAGCCAGAGUUGUUGCACAGUGGGCUGAUCCAGAACACAAAAUCCAGGAGGCCAUUGGAACUUGUCCAGUAGACUGUAUUUCGAUUGUGGAGAGGUCCAAUCUAGCGGCUCUAGAAUUUCUAAUGUCCAAGCAGCCACGUGGCAAUGUAAGAGUAGGUAUGGGGAAUGCUGCAGGUAUGCGUGUCUCAAACAUUUUUACAGAUGUGAAGAAAUUCCAGACCAGAUACCAAGAGGUAAUGGAGAAAUCUUCUGGACAAUGCUCUAAGGAGACAGAUCUACAAAGAGCAGCAAGAAUGUCAACAAUGCAAGCAAUCAGAUCAAUCUCCAACUGGUUAUAUUGGCAAACACCCAAGGCAGGUGGCUCAACAAGAAAAUCUCAACUAUACUUGACAACAUCUACCCAUAAAUCCAUUGAACCUGACAUUGCCAAGCUCAGAAAUGCAGUUGCUGCUCGGAAGAAACAAGCAAGAGACGGCUCAAGGCCUACUCAGCGAACCCCAUUAAAGAUCUACAUUUAUGACGAUGAAUACUGGAGUCCACUAACUUGUGCCCUUCCUGCAGCCUCAUCCCAGGAGACUUUGUACCCGAGAAUGGUCUCGGAAGCUCCACCUGCUAAAGAAUGGAAGCAAACCAGUGAUAAAGAUCAUCUGAUAGCUUCCAAGAACAAGCAAAGGAACCCCAUAAGAUUGUUCGUACCAUUGGGAAUAGGGAUGAUUGCUGCAUCCAUAGUUCGAUUGCAUGGAGAAGGGGCAGUUGGGAGGUUGGAAGAACAUCCUGGUGGUUCUUUAGCAUUGCAGAUUGUAAAUAGCUCUUGGUUACCGGUUAUUCUAACUUCGAUUACAUGGUACGUCAUUGGAUUUGUUGCAGUACAAUUUGUCGAAGCCAUCAGAAGCAGAGAAAAUUAGGAACAUACGUUAUACAAAUAUAUAUGAAGUCAAUAAUAGCAUAGUAAGGAAGUACGUUCUUGUGAAUACAUUGUGCAUUAGAUGAUACAACAUCAUACAAAUAAUAUGAUUCUUGUCAUUUAUAUUUAUAGUUAUAAUUUUUUAAUAUUGUUUCA